AUGGAGGCUGGCUUGAGAAAGAUUCCGAGGGAGUCACGGGCAUGGUACACUAAAUUCGAGCAGCUCUUUGAGUUGUACAAAGAGCCCGACUCGAAAGCUGCUCACCUCAUCGCUGCCGUCUACUUCUAUGCCAACCAGCUUAACGUGGUCUUCCUCGACCUCGAAUAUCUGGCGGACGGGUUCAUCUCGGACAUGUUAAUGGUGAUAGAGGAAGCCGGAGACAGCAGCGGGUGGACUGCAAAAACAGUGCGGGAGCUUGAGAAGAAAAUCCGCAAGAAGAUGUUCGAGGAGUACCGGAAGGAGGCCCAGACCCAGGUGGGAGAAGGAGUGGACCCGGCGGCUCCGGCAAGGGGCUCGGCUGGGGCGGCAAGAGACGGUUCGAAGAACGUGAGAGAGACGACAGAGACGAUCGAGACAAUCACGCCCCGGCGCAUAGGUCGGGUCGUAGGAAGUCUCGACCGAAUUCCCGUCGACCGAAUUCCCGACCAGGCCACAUGCGGACCGCCUGGUGAAACCAAGCGAGGCGGCCGCGCCCGAGAUCGGCAGCCCGCCCGCUCGAAACAGAGCGAUCUCAAAAAGGGCGAAAAGGUUCCUGAUCUCCGAAGCACGGAAUCAGCAGACAAACCGACCGGUUCCCUGAAGGAGGCGAGUGACCUGAUGGGUGAACGGAAAAAAUCGGUUCCGGAAUCCCCGGGCGGAGGAGAUCAAGAAACAGAAAAGUGCGCCAGGCCGUCAGAUCCCCUGGGCUGCGACCCAGAGCCAGAGCCGCUCUCCCCGGAAAACGAAUUGGAAGACAACGAGCUCGAACUGAACGAAGAUCCCCUCAUGGAAGCGAGCGCGCCGCUUCUACAAUCCUGCACCUACGAGUCUUUGCGGGACUCAAACGAAUUUGCGAUUGGCGAGGUGGUCAAGAUGGUGGUGAACGGCACGCUCGAGGUUUACGCCCCAAAGGACGGCAAGCCAAAGGUGGUUUACCCCUUGGGAGUCGUUAACCUCCCAAAAGGUCGGCUUGUCGUCAACGCCCGGUAUGUUAACCUCUUCUCCAAGCGGCAGGCGUUCAAAUACAAGACGCUCAGGGAGGUCCUCACCUUCUUGACUGAGCGGGGGUUCUUCACCACUUGGGACUUCAAGGCGGGGUAUUACCACCUCCUCAUUCACCCCGCCUACCGGAAGUACUUCGGCAUCAAAGUGGGCCAAGUGUACAUGCACUACAACGGCAUGUAUCUCGGCUGGUCGGAAGCGUGCUUUCUAUACACGCUGCUCACGCAGGAGGCAGCCAAGGAGCUGCGGCUUCGAUCCGUUCCUGUCUCGAGCUCUCUCGACGACGGACUGACGGGAUGCGAGGAUUUCUGGAGGUGCGUGUGGGCCACGCGCCUCGACGAGUGGAACGGGAGGCGCUGGUUCCCACGUCAGGUGGCAGUCGUAGCCGGCUCGGACGCAUCAGAUACGGGAUUCGGGGGAAAGAUUCAGAUUCCGGGGGAAGAGAAGCUGACGGUGAUCGGGAAUCUCUCGGAAACGGAGAUGAGCAUGUCCAGCAUGGCGCGCGAGAUGGUGGCAUUCUUCCCAGUGCUGAAAGAGGCGCGAGAGCGAGCAGGCGGCGCGCUCAAAGGAGCGGCGGUGCUCCUCAGAGGGGAUAACCAGGCCGCGGUACGGGCAGUGAACGCAAUGAACAGCCGCGCGCUGGAUGUUAACGUAGCGCUGCUUCUGCUGUUCGAGUUGUGCAUCGAGGCGGACUUCGACAUGGUAGCACAGUGGAAGCCACGAGAAGAAAUGCAAGAAGAAGACGACCUCAGCAAAUUCCAAGACAGCUCGGACUCGGGGCUGGCGCAGGAGGCGGUGCGCGCAGUCCUGGAUGGCUUCGGGGUGGAGCCCGCCGUCGACUUGUUUGGGUCGGACACGUGGCACGUGGCGGAGAGAUUCCUGAGCUUGCAUUCGACGCCCGAGGCCCUUGCAGCGGACGCCAUGCGCGUCGACUGGAGCCUUCUACUAGCCCCGGGGGAAGUCGCCUGGAUCUUCCCGCCGGUUUGCCUGCUCAGCCAAGUCGUCCAAGCGAUCCGGCUUUUCCAAACGGAUUGUGUGCUAAUCGUUCCUGAAGCACCGGCGACCAACUGGUGGUUGGCGCUCCAAAAAUUCGGCAGGCAGACUAACAUGAGGGGGCCGCUGGAGCUACCGCGCGGCGAGCGCACUUGCAACCCCAGCUUCAGGAUUCCAAACGGAACCGUGAACCUAGCGGUGUAUAAGCUUAGAGCAUACAUCAUUCGUUGGGAGGCAUAG